AUGUUCCGCUCCUGCCUCGCUGUGAGGCCAGCCUGUCGUGGAGCUCAGAAACCUCUCACACGAGCAGGAGCAGCACUACAUUUGCGCGCCCAAACGACGGCGCAGGAUUUUGCAUCACGUCACUCGAUCAGGAGACGUUUCUCCUCUGCAAUCGCGACAAGCUCGACUCAACAUCGACCCAUCACUCCCUCACGAACACUGCGCCUUACCAGCACGCCGGUCCGUUAUUGCUCCUACCGAAGACACAACAUGUGCAGAACGCAGGCAAUGGCCGAAACGGGGGGUGGGGUUAACGUGCAGGGCCGGGAGCUGCUCCCCACCAAUGUCAUCCCCAAGCACUACCACGUUACGCUGGAACCGAACUUCAAGAAACUGAAUUUCGACGGCACUGUUGUGAUUGACCUCGACGUGACCGAGGACUCCAAGUCCAUCGCGCUGCACACCCUCGAGCUCGAUGUCCAUUUCGCCAAGAUCACCUCGGGCGGGCAGACCAUCAGCUCCUCCCCUGCCCUCUCAUAUGAUGAGAAGGCACAGGUCACCACUCUCGAAUUUGACAAUGCUCUCACCAAGGGGAGCAAGGCACAACUCGAGAUCAAGUUCACUGGCCAGCUCAACGAUAAGAUGGCCGGCUUCUAUCGGUCAACUUAUAAGAACCCCGACGGUAGUGAAGGUAUCAUGGCGGUUACCCAGAUGGAGCCGACCGAUGCGCGCCGCGCCUUUCCCUGCUUCGAUGAGCCCGCCCUGAAGGCCGAGUUCACAGUCACUCUUGUUGCCGACAAGAACUUGACUUGCCUGAGCAACAUGGACGUUGCGGGCGAGACCGAGGUCCUGUCUGAGCAGACUGGCAGCACCAAGAAGGCCGUCACCUUCAACAAGUCCCCGCUCAUGUCCACCUACCUGGUGGCUUUCGUCGUCGGGGAGCUCAACUACAUUGAGACCAAUGACUUCCGUGUGCCUGUCCGCGUCUACGCGCCACCGGGCCAAAACAUUGAGCAUGGCCGCUUCUCCCUGAACCUGGCUGCCAAGACACUGGCAUUCUACGAAAAGGUAUUUGGCAUCGAGUUUCCUCUUCCGAAAAUGGAUCAGAUUGCGAUUCCCGAUUUCGCUCAAGGUGCCAUGGAGAACUGGGGUCUCGUUACGUACCGUGUCGUCGAUCUGUUGCUGGAUGAAAAUGUCAGCGGCGCAGCGACCAAGGAGCGCGUCGCCGAAGUCGUGCAGCACGAGCUGGCCCACCAGUGGUUUGGUAACCUCGUCACCAUGGACUGGUGGGAUGGUCUAUGGCUCAAUGAGGGAUUCGCUACGUGGGCUUCGUGGUAUUCGUGCAACAUCUUUUAUCCUGAAUGGAAGGUGUGGGAGUCGUAUGUCGUUGAUAACCUUCAACGUGCCCUAGCCCUGGACUCUCUCCGAAGCAGCCAUCCGAUUGAGGUUCCUGUGAAGCGGGCAGACGAGAUCAACCAGAUAUUUGACGCCAUCUCAUACUCAAAGGGCUCCUGCGUCCUCCGCAUGAUUUCGACCUACCUCGGAGAAGAGACAUUCCUUGAAGGUGUCAGGAAGUACCUCAAGAAGCAUGCCUACGGAAACACCCAAACCGGGGAUCUGUGGGCAUCUCUUGCGGAAGCCAGCGGCAAGAAGGUGGAUGAGGUCAUGCAAGUGUGGACCAAGCACAUUGGUUUCCCGGUAGUUACCGUGACGGAGAAGGAAGACAAUACGAUCCAUCUCAAGCAGAAUCGGUUUCUGCGCACUGGUGACACAAAGCCUGAGGAGGAUCAAGUUCUAUACCCCGUUUUCCUCGGCCUCCGCACCAAGGACGGCAUUGACGAGACGCAGACGCUGGACAAGCGUGAAGGGGAAUUCAAGGUGCCGAGUACCGAGUUUUUCAAGCUGAAUGCAAACCACACGGGCCUGUACCGCACUGCCUAUUCUCCAGAGCGGCUGAAAAAGCUGGGCGAUGCGGCCACGCAAGGCCUACUUAGCGUUGAGGAUCGGGCCGGCAUGAUUGCCGACGCGGGCGCCCUUGCUACCUCUGGCUACCAGAGCACAUCUGGAGUCUUGAGCCUUCUCAAGGGAUUUGGCUCGGAAACCGAGUUCGUUGUCUGGAAUGAGAUUAUUGCCCGCGUUGCGGCGGUGCAGAGCGCCUGGAUAUUCGAGGAGAAAUCCAUCCGCGACGGUUUGGAGGAUUUCUUGCGGGAUCUUGUUAGCGCCAAGGCGCACCAGCUGGGCUGGCAGUUCUCAGACAAGGAUGGCCACAUUGAGCAGCAAUUCAAGGCCAUGAUGUUUGGGAGUGCCGGUCUGAGUGGAGACAAGACCAUCAUCGACGCCGCCAAGGAGAUGUUCAAAAAGUACAUGGCAGGGGACAGGUCGGCAAUCCAUCCCAAUAUCAGGGGCAGCGUCUUCAGCAUGGCUCUAAAGUAUGGUGGCAAGGAGGAGUACGAGAAAGUACUGAACUUUUACCGUACCUCGACCAACAGUGAUGAACGCAACACGGCCCUGCGCUGCUUGGGUCGGGCCAAAGACCCAGAACUCAUCAAGCAGACUCUGGGCCUGCUCUUUAGCGGCGAGGUCAAGGACCAGGACAUUUACAUGCCGGCCACGGGCUUGCGCAGCCACCCUGAGGGUAUCGAGGCCUUGUUCACGUGGAUGACGGAGAACUGGGGAGAGCUCGUCAAAAAGCUGCCGCCGGCGCUGUCAAUGCUGGGGAGUAUGGUCACCAUCUUCACGUCAAGCUACACCAAGAAAGAGCAGCUCGCUAGAGUCGAGAAGUUCUUCGAGGGCAAGAGCACCAAUGGGUUUGACCAAUCGCUGGCGCAGAGCCUGGACGCCAUUCGCUCCAAGAUCACAUGGGUUGAGCGUGAUCGGGAGGAUGUGGCCACUUGGCUGAAGAAGAACGGAUAUAGUUCGUAA